CUAUUUGGGCGGUGCUGUUGGGGGUCGUCGCAAUGCAAUAACAUUCAAUAUGGAGUACCUAGUACUGUGAUUCUUAUAUUUCGGCUACUACAAAUAGAUAAGUAUCCAUUAACUGUCUAGUCGUUCAUCAUUUAGUGAAUCUGUUUCAGAAUUCUUUAGAGCGCGUAGGCUAUGCAUUUGAUGUUCAUAAAUUGAUGCAUUGUUACAUGAGGCGUUGUUCUAAUAGCAAUUUGGUGCGGUGACAGUUAAACUGUUGUAACAUUUAGAUACGUAUUAAUGUAGCAAUAUUUCAAAUGAUAAAUGUUAUCUUUGCAACGAACUCAACAGCGUGUGGUGGCGAUUCGAAUUUGUAUACAAGCCUGGUAGUGGUUAAAGCGCUAUUGAACGUUUUGAAGAAUACUCGGUUACUAGGUGAAAGGUUAGGGACAUCGCUCUCAAAUAGUUCGUCGUCGGGUCGUGUAUGAUAAUAAGUAAGAGACCAGGCCUACGCUCUGUAGGCAACGCUGCAUUAUAUGAUAACAUUUUUGCACAGUGCACUUUAACUAGCCUGCCUAAAAUAACAAAUAAAUCACGGUUCAAACACCAACUAUACAGUAUGUAAUCCUAUAAGCCAUGCUAUAAGGUCGAGGCUACCUCGCAUUUAAUUUUAAUUAAUUACAUAUAUUUACAUUUUCACUGUUGAAAUUAGUCAAGUUAGGCAGUCAAGUUAGUCAUUUUUAUAAGAGAGACUGGUCCAAAAGCACUCUUACCUCUGUCCUCCACUGCCACGUGUAGUACACCCUCUAUCCUUACCCCUCUGCCAUUACAUUUGAACACCAUGCUGUAGGCCUGUCUCGCUCACUUAUCCCACCCUUAUAACCCUUUGAAACUCCUCUCCACUGCUAGGAUGCGCAAUGCAGCGAGUGCCUCUUUGUCUCUGGGAUCGCUGGGUCUGCUGCGUCUCUUCGGGGUCCCCUGGUCCUGGAGCUUAGCAGCAGGCUUCGGGGUCUUUCUGGGCACAGGUGGUUGGAAGUACCUCUACAUCGUAGUCCGUACUGCCAAAAGAGACCUAAAUGGCCUUUACGUGUUGUUACGAGUCAAGAUAGCCUUGUGGCACCACCUACGGCGCAACAGCAAUAUCCCCUCCAUCUUUGCCCAGACAGUGAGGCAGCACCCAAAUAAACCCGCCCUCAUCUACGAUGCCACAGGAGAGACGUGGACCUUCACCCAGCUGGACCUGCUGUCUAAUGCUGUGGCCCAAUGGGCUCUGGCCCAGGGCUGGGCCCCGGGGGAUGUGGUGGCCCUCUUCAUGGAGAGCCGGCCCUUGCAGGUGGCCCUCUGGCUGGGCCUGGCCAAGGUGGGGGUGGAGGCAGCACUCAUCAACUUCAACCUGCGGAGGGACGCUCUCCUGCACUGUGUUGGAGUGUCUGUGUCCAGAGGGAUCGUGUUCGGAGCCGAGCUGGCUGGUGCCAUGUUGGAGGUGAGCUCAUCCCUGAGCCCGUCGAUGGUGCGGUUUUGUACAGGAGAGCUCAGUGUAGACUGUCUGGCCUCCCUGUCUGCCCAGAAUCUGGACUAUAUCCUGGCCUCGGCCCCUACACUGCCCCCUCCUUCCUGCAUCCCACCCAAGAGCUUCAAUGGCACCACAGGACUCCCGAAAGCUGCCAUUGUGGUGCACAGUCGGUAUUACCGUAUCGCUGCUUUUGGCUACCACGCUUUCCGCAUGCGCCAGGAUGACAUCAUCUAUGACUGCCUUCCUCUCUACCAUUCUGCAGGUAAUAUCAUGGGUGUAGGCCAGUGUCUCAUCAAUGGACUCACUGUGGUGGUGAAGAAGAAAUUCUCAGCCAGUCGCUUCUGGGAAGAUUGCAUCAAGCACAACUGCACUGUGGUGCAGUACAUAGGGGAGAUCUGUCGCUACCUGCUGUCCCAGCCGGUGCGGCCUUCUGAGAAGGGUCACCGGGUUCGCCUGGCGGUGGGGAAUGGGCUGCGCCCUAGCGUCUGGGAGGCCUUCACCGAGCGCUUUAGGGUGGCCCAGGUUGGGGAGUUCUACGGAGCCACCGAAUGCAACUGUAGCAUCGCCAACAUGGACGGCAAGGUGGGAGCUUGUGGGUUCAACAGCCGCAUCCUGCCCAAUGUGUACCCAAUCUGCCUCAUGAAAGUGGAUGAGGAGACCACAGAGCUGGUGAGGGACAAGCACGGCCUGUGUGUGCCCUGCCGUCCUGGGGAGCCAGGGCUGCUGGUGGGAAGGAUCAACCAACAGGACCCGCUACGGAGGUUUGAUGGCUACGCCAACCAGGAUGCCACCAGGAAGAAGAUUGCCAACAACGUCUUCAAGAAAAAUGACUCGGCAUAUCUGUCAGGGGAUGUGUUGGUGAUGGAUGAGCUAGGCUACAUGUACUUCCGGGACCGCAGUGGAGACACGUUCCGCUGGAGAGGAGAGAACGUCUCCACCACCGAGGUGGAGGGAACACUGAGUGGUCUGCUGGGCCAGGCCGAUGUGGCUGUGUAUGGGGUAUCUGUACCAGAUGUGGAAGGGAAGGCAGGGAUGGCUGCCAUCGCAGACCCAACAGGGACAUUUGACUGUGAUGUGUUCCUGCGAGAGGUCCAACAGGCCCUGCCCCCUUACGCCCGUCCCGUGUUCCUACGCAUCUCCCCACAAGUAGACACCACAGGUACCUUUAAAAUCCAGAAGACCCGGUUGCAGAGGGAGGGAUACGAUCCGCGCUUAUCAACUGAUCAGAUUUACUUUUUGAACUCCAGAGCAGGGCGUUAUGAGGCUGUGAAUGAGGAGCUACACAGUGCUAUAGUGGAGGGUAGAAUGGCUCUAUGAGAUGGACUAUUUUAAGAUGGGUUUACACAACACGUUUAUGAGACUGCUUUGAGCCACAGCUUGUUGUAGCUACGUUAAAUCUAAUCACAACUGUUUUCACGAGACACUGUGGUAUGGACAAUCCUCACGACCAAGUGAGGAAUCUUGUAGUGUGUGAACCCUAUCUGUGCCACAUGGUUUAGCGUGUGAGCCCGGUCUGUGCCACAUGGUUUAGUGUGUGAGCCCUGUCUGUGCCACAUGGUUUAGUGUGUGAACCUUGUCUGUGCCACAUGGUUUAGUGUGUGAACCUUGUCUGUGCCACAUGGUUUAGUGUGUGAACCCUGUCUGUGCCACAUGGUUUAGCGUGUGAGCCCGGUCUGUGCCACAUGGUUUAGUGUGUGAACCCUGUCUGUGCCACAUGGUUUAGCGUGUGAGCCCUGUCUGUGCCACAUGGUUUAGUGUGUGAGCCCGGUCUGUGCCACAUGGUUUAGCGUGUGAGCCCGGUCUGUGCCACAUGGUUUAGCGUGUGAGCCCGGUCUGUGCCACAUGGUUUAGUGUGUGAACCCUGUCUGUGCCACAUGGUUUAGCGUGUGAGCCCGGUCUGUGCCACAUGGUUUAGCGUGUGAGCCCGGUCUGUGCCACAUGGUUUAGUGUGUGAACCCUGUCUGUGCCACAUGGUUUAGCGUGUGAGCCCGGUCUGUGCCACAUGGUUUAGCGUGUGAACCCUGUCUGUGCCACAUGGUUUAGUGUGUGAGCCCGGUCUGUGCCACAUGGUUUAGCGUGUGAGCCCGGUCUGUGCCACAUGGUUUAGCGUGUGAGCCCGGUCUGUGCCACAUGGUUUAGCGUGUGAGCCCUGUCUGUGCCACAUGGUUUAGCGUGUGAGCCCGGUCUGUGCCACAUGGUUUAGCGUGUGAGCCUUGUCUGUGCCACAUGGUUUAGCGUGUGAGCCCUGUCUGUGCCACAUGGUUUAGUGUGUGAGCCCUGUCUGUGCCACAUGGUUUAGUGUGUGAGCCCUGUCUGUGCCACAUGGUUUAGUGUGUGAGCCCUGUCUGUGCCACAUGGUUUAGUGUGUGAGCCCUGUCUGUGCCACAUGGUUUAGUGUGUGAGCCCUGUCUGUGUCACAUGGUUUAGUGUGUGAGCCCUGUCUGUGCCACAUGGUUUAGUGUGUGAACCCUGUCUGUGCCACAUGGUUUAGUGUGUGAGCCCUGUCUGUGCCACAUGGUUUAGUGUGGCACCACUACAUUGGCAAGACAACAAAAUACUACAGGAAAGACGGUCGUUUAGUGCGAGAGGCUCAGCCAUGUUAGGAUCAUGAAAGUCAUGUAGUGCACACCGGCUUUAGGAAAGUGACUGUCAAGGUGUCAGAUACUGGAGACUGUGAUAUGCUGGAGUGGAACAGCCUUAUCAUGCCUUUAUAAUGCAUUGUAAGACUUGUCAUAAGCAUGCAUGACCCCUUAUAAUGUCUUAUCAACUCAUAAUGAUCCUGUCUAAACAUCCAGCAAUUUUUUGUCAGUUGAUAUUUUCAUACCUUGUGAAAAAUAACAUAGUAUUAUAAAGGCUCAUCUGUGCUUAGAACACGUUAUAAAGCAGUACACCUGCAGGCUUUAAGUAGUGUUAUUGCUGAAGUCUCCAUGUAUUAGUGUUUCUCCCUGGAUCUAGUCUAGAUCAGGGGACUGAAGGGCUACUGGUCAAUCAAUAGGGAAACCUUAGUACUGUUACAAAACCAUCUUUUAACACUGUAUCAAUAACAUCCAAGGGCAAGGUUGGAUGAGGGCAUUUUCCCCUUUUGUAUUUCUUCAUUUGUGUUGUUUCUUAGUUUAGCCAAAUGAAAACGUUCAAGCCUUCAACACUACGAUGCACAGAGCAGAGCAAGUUUUCACAUGAAACCAGGAUGUCUGUUACAAUGACAGCAUUUGUCUGUUUGUUACAAUGAGAGUGUAAAGGCAAUGAGAGCUGGGACUGAAUAUACCACAGUCGUUGAGAUACCAGUCUCUUGAAGAUUGUGUUCCAGGCUAUUUGCUCCCAACCUUGUAAUAGUAGUGUGCCACCUUGUAAAGAACAAAAUACUGAACAGAUUUUUAGCAAUACUUGAGUGUCCAUGUUGGAUGAAGUGUUGCUACCUGUGUGUUAGUAGUAUGAUAGAACAUGCCACAGCUGAACAUGCCUCUUAUUCCGAACACUAACUGUAGGAGUUUCGAUUGAGAUGACAUUUCUUUAAUGUAAAACUUAACCUGAUUACGUAACAUGUUUGAAGUAAUGGAUGAUAUGCACUGACUGACCACUCAGGUUCACACACAUUGAUAUUAUGUGCCUUGUGGGAACCCUGUGGAAGCCCUGUGUGUCCUGGAACUAUUGGGGUUUUAUGCUCAACCUGACUAGGGAACUCCAAUACAUAAGAACAUUAUUUAAACAAUAUCUUCAAAAUCUGUCAAUUAGUCAGCGAUCAUGGUUGUCCUAUUAUUAUGUAAUAAAGCAAUUUCUCAGAGUAAUAUUGUAGAUGGAAUUGAUUGGGAACAUUACGUCUCCAUUUUCAUACAUUUGUUUAGGUGUAACUCAAAAUAAAGGUUUAUAAAAGACA